CAAAUCUUAAGACAUAGGUCAUAAUUAACAAACACAUCAACAACCAUGGCUAGCCUCCAGCUCAAAACUGGCUUGACCUCUUCAUUGACCACCACUAGGCCUGUUGCACCCAAAGGCCUUUCUGGUUCACCUCUUAGCAGGGUCUUCCCUUGCACCAAGAGAUCUUCAUUCACCAUCAAAGCAGUUCAGAGUGAAAAGCCUACAUACCAAGUCGUCCAGCCCAUCAAUGGUGACCCUUUUAUCGGAAGUCUUGAGACCCCAGUCACAUCAAGCCCACUAAUUGCUUGGUACCUCUCAAACCUUCCCGGAUACCGCACUGCAGUAAACCCCUUGCUUCGUGGUAUUGAGGUCGGGCUAGCCCAUGGGUUUUUUCUAGUUGGCCCAUUUGUGAAGGCAGGUCCAUUGAGGAACUCAGAGUAUGCUGGUGCAGCCGGAUCACUUGCUGCAGGCGGGCUCGUGGUGAUUCUUAGCAUUUGCUUGACAAUGUACGGAAUUGCAUCGUUCAAAGAAGGUGAGCCAUCGAUUGCACCAUCAUUGACUUUGACAGGGAGGAAGAAGGUGCCAGACCAGCUUCAAACAGCUGAUGGUUGGGCCAAGUUUACUGGUGGAUUCUUCUUUGGAGGAAUCUCUGGUGUCACUUGGGCUUAUUUUCUUCUUUAUGUUCUUAACCUUCCUUACUAUGUUAAGUAAGUGGUAUUACUAUUUGGGCCGUUAACAUUGGUGUUGAAACAUGAUUAAUACUUUUAAUUAAUUAUGAUAUACAUUGUACUA